GGAAUUCCUCAACAUAAACCACAACUCUUUGGGGUUCAGUCACAGAAAAGGCAGCUACAGUGGCCGGGAAAGGCCUUUCAUUGCCGAAAAGCGCUCACUUUCCCUACCCAAGAUGGCGGCGACGGUGGCCGGGAAAGGCCUUUCAUUGCCGGAAAGCGCAACGGAGGGGCUCAUGGUCCCUACCCAAGAUGGCGGCGCACUUGAAGAAGCGAGUGUACGAAGAGUUCAGCAAAGUGGUUGUCCAGCAACAGCAGCAUGAAGAGAUUUCUGCAAAGAAGCUCCGACUGACCAAACCGAGCAAGUCAGCAGCGCUCCAUGUGGAUCUAUGCAAGGCAACCUCGCCAGCAGAUGCUCUCCAGUACCUGCUUCAAUUUGCCAGGAAGCCGGUGGAAGCCGAAAGCGUGGAAGGAGUUGUCCGAAUCUUGCUGGAACAUUAUUAUAAGGAGAAUGAUCCUUCUGUCAGACUGAAGAUUGCUUCCCUGUUGGGUUUGCUGUCAAAGACUCCUGGAUUUUCUCCUGACUCCAUUCUGGAUGAUGCCAUUAACACACUCCAAAAUGAAAAGUCCCACCAGGUUCUUGCUCAGUUGCUGGAGACCUUGCUGGUGAUUGGGAAGAAGCUCCAAGACAGCCUAGCAGUGUGUGUGCGCCUGGUGGACAUCGCUUGCAAGCAUUUGAGUGAUUCCUCCCAUGGUGUAAGGAACAAAUGCCUCUUGCUGAUCGGCUGUCUUGGAACGGUUGAAAAAGGCUCCUUGAAAGAAUCAGAAGGUCAGCCUCCCAAAGAUGUCCAGAAGAUAAUAGGGGAUUACUUCAGUGACCAGGACCCUCGGGUUAGAACUGCAGCUAUAAAAGCUAUGCUCCAGCUCCAUGAAAGAGGAUUGAAGCUGCAGCAAACCAUUUACAGUCAGGCGUGCAAACUUUUAACAGAUGACUAUGAACAGGUUCGCAGUGUUGCGGUUCAGCUCACAUGGGUUCUCAGUCAGCUUUAUCCAGAAAGCAUUGUCCCAAUUCCUUCCUCCAAUGAAGAAAUCCGUCUAGUUGAUGAUGCUUUUGGAAAAAUUUGUCAUAUGGUCAGUGAUGGCUCAUGGGUGGUCAGAGUCCAAGCUGCUAAAUUGUUGGGAUCUAUGCUACAAGUUAGUUCUCAUUUUUUAGAACAGACCCUGGACAAGAAGCUGAUGUCGGACCUGAGGCGAAAACGAACAGCCCAUGAACGAGCAAAAGAGCUCUACAGCUCUGGGGAGUUCUCAAGCGGCAGAAAGUGGGGAGAUGAUGCUCCUAAAGAAGAGGUAGACACUGGAGCAGUGAACUUAAUUGAAUCCGGUGCCUGUGGGGCUUUCGUUCAUGGCCUGGAAGAUGAAAUGUAUGAGGUUCGAAUUGCUGCAGUCGAGGCCCUCUGCAUGCUGGCCCAAUCCUCACCCUCCUUUGCAGAGAAGUGCCUUGAUUUUCUGGUUGACAUGUUCAAUGAUGAGAUAGAAGAAGUGAGGCUGCAGUCAAUUCACACCAUGAGAAAGAUUUCCAAUAACAUAACCCUGCGAGAAGACCAAUUGGACACUGUGCUAGGUGUUUUGGAGGAUUCUUCUCGAGAUAUACGGGAAGCUCUCCACGAGCUGCUGUGCUGCACCAAUGUCUCGACAAAAGAAGGCAUCCAUCUUGCUCUGGUUGAGCUCCUGAAGAAUCUGACCAAGUAUCCUACAGACAGGGAUUCCAUCUGGAAAUGCUUAAAGUUCCUGGGGGGCAGACAUCCCACCCUUGUGCUUCCACUUGUUCCUGAACUGUUGGGUACCCACCCUUUCUUUGACACUCCAGAACCUGAUAUGGAUGACCCAGCUUACAUUGCAGUCCUGGUUUUCAUUUUCAAUGCUGCCAAAUCAUGUCCAACCAUGUCCGCUUUAUUCUCGGACCACACCUUCAGGCACUAUGCUUACCUUCGGGACAGUCUUUCUCACCUUGUCCCUCCCUUGAGAUUGCCUGGGAAAAAGCUAGCAUCUUCGCCUGUGUCUGCCAGCCUUGCCCUCCAAGAAGAUCCUUCCCAGGAAUUUCUCAAACAGAGCUUGGAACGAGUGUUCAAUCUUCAGCAUCUAGACCCACAGGGCAUUCAGGAGCUGCUUGAGUUUACCAUCCGAGACCUUCAAAGGUUUGGAGAACUCCAGUCUGACUUGGCUGGGAUGGCUGACUUCUGUGCUACUUACCUCCGAUGCCAACUGCUCCUGAUAAAGGCUCUUCAGGAGAAAAUGUGGAAUGUAGCUGCGCCCCUGUAUUUGAAACAGAAUGCCCUGGCAUCUGCUGCAGCAAAGCAGAUCAUGGAAGAAACAUACAAGAUGGAGUUCAUGUACAGCGGCGUGGAAUACCAGCAAGUGGUCAUCAUCCACCACAUGAGGCUGCAGGCAAAAGCAUUGCAGCUGAUAGUAACUGUGCGGACAACGAGAGGAGUAGAACCUCUCUUUGGAAUUUGUGAGAAGUUUUUACAAGAAGUGGACUCUUUUCAAAGGUGCUUCAUUGCUGAGCUUCCUCACAUGCAAGACAGUUUUGUUGACAAACUCCUGGACCUAAUGCCCAGACUGGUAACCUCCAAACCUUCAGAAGUUGUCAAGAUCCUACAGGCAACAUUGCGACAGAGUAGUUUCCUUAGCCUUCCUCUCCCAGAGAAGAUUCACAGGGCAAGUGCCACCAUUAUUGAGCCAACGGGUGAAUCUGAUAAUGCACUGCGCUUCACGUCAGGAUUAGUUGUUGCCUUGGAUGUUGAUGCAACUCUAGAACAUGUGCAGGAUCCACAGGGCACAGUGAAAGUUCAGGUACUCUAUCCUGAUGGUCAGGCGCAAAUAAUCCAUCCAAAACCUGCAGAUUUUAGAAACCCUGGGCCAGGAAGGCACCGAUUAAUUACUCAGGUUUACCUUUCACAUACUGCUUGGACAGAGCCUUGUCAGAUUGAAGUACGGCUGUUGCUGGCAUACAGUUCGGACAGAAACAAGGCGUCCACGAGGCUUCCACGGUCCAUGUGGGGAGAUAGCUUUGACCUUCUCCCUCAGUCUGAGAAUGCCAUCGAAGGAACUAUCCCUUUCAGCAAACCCGUCAAAGUCUAUAUCAUGCCCAAGCCUGCCAGACGGUGACACCUUGUUGUGGAACCAGUAUAUUUUAUGCUGCUGGUGUGCUUUCUCAAAGUAAUUGGAGAUACUUAAAACCUAGAACAGGACACACAUGCUGUGAUACUUCAUUGGGACAUAUGUUUCCAAACACCACACACAUCGCCUUAAAGAAAGCAGUUUUCUCUAAGAGAAUUUAAGAGUAUUAGAAGAUGAUGGUGCAACAUCUGCAACUUUAUACUGUGUUAGGGUCUUCCCCUUAGUCAAAAGCUAUGUGUUGGCAUGAAACGUUGAAAAGCAGAGAAGGGAUGUUGCUGGUUUUGUGCUAUAGUAACCAACAUCAACAAAUUGUCCUUUUACAGGCUGAAGGCCCAAAUCUCCUGGCUUGGUUUCUUUUCAUGGGACUGAGAUGAUAGUGUGUGUUGUAUUGUUUCAUGUGGGCUUUCACGGCCUUAAGCACAAUUGCAGGCGAUGGAUUGCCUCUGGAAUACAGACAAGACUUUUGAACAUGUACCCUCCAUGUGAUGGCUGUAUGGCCCAGUGUUUUUAUUCUAAGAACUUGGCAUUUGCUGACCUUGUUGUCAAUUAAUUGUGUUCACCAUUUGAAAAAUCAGAAGAGAUACUGUGUUUUAUAAACUAGGAGAGACACUUCCUUACCCACCGGCUUCUUCAGAUCCCAACUUUCUUUUUUUGGUAUUUUUUAAUUUCGUGUCUUAUUUAUGAACCAACACAUUUAUUCCAGGUUCUUUUCUUUUUAGCAUGACAUCAGUGUGUCUUCCAGUGUGUUUGGGGUGUACUGCAAGCCAUACUCCUUGAUUUAUCCCUGUAAUUUUGGUGAUUUCAUCUGUAUCUUUAUCUGUAUUCCAGCUCACCAGGGGUUGGCAAAGUGCCGCCUGCAGACCACAAAUAGCCCUUGGGACCACCAAGUGUGACUGUAGCCUCCCAGCCUCAACAAUUUGGGGCAAUUUGUUGCCCAAAAGCCACUCAGAAUGGGUCAAAACGACAGAAGUAGGGUUUCCCUAGUCCUCCAAACCUUUAAAAAAAAGGCUGGGAGUGACAUCACAUCACUUCAGGUGUGCUGAAACUGCGUGGUGCAACCCACCCGGUGGGUGUGGGGUGGGAAAAUGGUCCUUGUCCCAUUGUCUAGCUCUAGUUUAAGCAGGUGAACUUCAUCUUGAAUGGCAGCUGGAUCCAGCUAUGCAUUUUUGGCUGCCCUGUUCUACAUUUUAGAGAAAGGAUCACCUUGUACAUCCCUGGAGCUUGACAUUACACUUGGAGCAGAGACCCUCUUGACAAAGGAAGUCUUGGGUAUUUUUAGGGGAGGACAGUGUCUAUGUGCCUGCCAUGGUUUUCAGGGCAGUUGUUACUACCUUUUCUUUUUAUGUGGAAAGCUACACAUUUGGAGCCAAAACAGGAAAAAAUAUUUUCAUUUGUUACAAAUUAAAUAAAUUUGCACAGAAGAGUA